UCGCUCGAUCCUUCUACUCCAAUGGCUUUUAUGGCCUCAUCUCUGGCCGUCUCUCCUUCGCCGGCUAAACUCCGCUCUUCUCACUAUGCUUUGGGUUUCCUAUCUUCUUCUUCGAUCUCCGCUUGCCAAUUCCUUCGGCCAUCUCCCGGAGCCCGAACCCACCGGCGGGCUCUGUCGAUUCGAGCACUGACGCUUGAUUUCUCGGGCUCUUUCUUUGAGGGAGGAGGGAAUGAGGAGGAAGGCCCCUCGGCCUCCGCCGCCGCCGGCGUGGCCUUGGAGGACAAGGAGGAGCCGCAGUGCCCUCCGGGCCUUCGGCAGUACGAGACCAUGGCAGUGCUGCGUCCCGACAUGACCGAGGACGAGCGCCUUGCCCUAAUUCAACGAUAUGAGGAGUUGCUUGUUGCAGGGGGUGGAAUGUAUGUGGAGGUGUUUAACCGCGGAGUGAUCCCACUUGCAUACAGCAUAAAGAAAAAGAACAAGGCAGGGGAGAGCAACACAUACUUGGAUGGCAUAUACCUCCUCUUCACUUAUUUCACCAAACCUGAUUCUUUGGCUGUUCUGGAGUCCAGGCUCAACACCGAUGAUGAUGUUAUCAGGUCGACGAGCUUUAAGAUACGGAAGCGGAAGUACUAGAAUCUUUGCUCAUCAUCCUUGGUCGUGUGGUACGAUAUUUUCCUCGACCCCUUCAUACGAUCGAAUUUGGGAUGAUAAAUUCAUACUUGGGCAGGGUAAAUCACUUUAUCAUACUCUGACCUCGUUAAUGUAGACAUCGGUUGUUGAAUUCAUUUUCUGUAAGUGAGAUUGUUCCUUACAAUUGCAACAGUUCAUUGUGUGUCUUGGCUUCAAUGCAUUACUUUGCCUACA